CGUCGCCACCACGCCACUUUCUGCGCGUGUUCACACGGUGCUAGGGGAAAGUCACGACGACGGGUCAGCCUCGGGGAGUGAGCUCUCCGCAUGACACUCUGAGGGCAGCGAGCGAGUCGCGCGGGGGACGUGGCGGCCGGCGGCGCCGCCAUCUUGAGGCGGCUGCGGGGGAUGCCGGCGCGCGGCGGGCGUGGGGUCCUGCUGGGCCUGGCGGUGGCGGUGGCGGCGGCCUUGGCCGCGCGGCUCCUGGGCUGGGGGCGGCCGCCCGCCGCCGUCCGCCUUUUCCUACCGGAGGAGCUGGCCCGCUACCGGGGCGGCCCGGAAGACCCGGGCCUCUACCUGGCGUUGCUCGGCCGGGUCUACGACGUGUCUUCUGGCCGCAGGCACUACGAGCCCGGGGCUCACUACCGCGGCUUCGCAGGCCGCGACGCCUCCAGAGCGUUUGUGACUGGGGACUACUCUGAGGCAGGCCUUGUGGAUGACGUGUCUGACUUGUCCCUCUCAGAGAUGCUCACGCUACAGCACUGGCUUUCAUUCUAUGAGAAGAAGUACAUGUUUGUCGGAAGGUUGAUUGGACGCUUCUACGGAGAGGACGGGCUACCCACCCCAGAGCUGACCCACGUAGAAGCCAUGAUCACCAAAGGCUUGGAGGCCAGUAAACAGGAGCGGAAAGAGAAGCAGCAGUUCCCACCGUGCAAUGCUGAGUGGAGUGCAGCCAAGGGCAGCCGCUUCUGGUGUUCCCAAAACAGUGGAGGUGUGAGCCGAGACUGGAUUGGCGUCCCCAGGAAGCUAUAUAAGCCAGGGGCCAAGGAGCCCCACUGUGUGUGUGUGAGACCAAGCGGCCCCCCAAGUGAGCAGACGCCCAAUGAUCCCACCCACAGAAACCACGGGGACUUGGACCACCCUGGCCUGCAGGAGUACCCAGGUUGCCCACCUCUGGCCACCACGUGCUCUGUCCCUCUCUGAACCGGUGCCCUCUGUUGAUACCCAGCAGAACGCUGCUCCGAGAGGCACCUGGCUCCUGCUGGGGAAGGACUGGUCAUUGUCUGCAC